AUGGGCGGGAGCGAAGAACACGGCGGCUAUGGCUAUGGCGGUCAGUACUAUCCCCCACCCGAUCCAAGCAUUUAUCCUCCCCCACAAGGUGCGUAUGGAUCGUAUCCCCCAAUUCCUUCACAAGACAGAGCUUUCGAUGCUCCACCAUACCCUCCUCCAUCCAAUCCCCCAAAUCUCUAUCCAGCUCCUUCGUACGAGCACGAUCACCACCACCACCAUCAUCACGAUCAUCACAAUCACCACCACGAUCACCACCGUCACGAAGAACACCAGGGACGCCCCGACCGUGAGCUCGGUCAACUCGUGAAGCUUUGCUGCCAGGCCAACAUGGAUUUCAGCUUGGCUGUUCGCGACGAUGGAGUGGUGCUCGUUCCUUCGAAUCAUCACGAUGAUUCUCAGGUACUCUUGAACAGCUCUGAUUCUUUGGUUCCAGCGUGUUCCUUCUUUUUUUUUUUCUUUUCGCAGCAAUGGUACAAAGAUAUGAGUUGGAGCACGCGAGUGAGAGACGAGAAAGGAUUCCCAGCGUUUGCUCUCAUCAACAAGGCAACCAGGAAGGCUUUGAAGCAUGCAACCGAGGAGUUACAGCAGGUAUUCUAG